CAAGCUUCCCUGUUCUCCAGGUUACAGAACUUUUCAAACAUAUAACACGAUUUAAAGAACUUUACAGUUGAAUACCUGUAUGCCUACCACCUGGAUUUUAUCAUCAUUUGUUGUGUUUCUUUUAUUAUGUAUCUAUCUGUAUAUCAUCCUUCUACUCAUCAUUAAUCCAUCUUUUUUUCAUUUUGUAGAGAUGGCAUCUCACUAUGUUGUCCAGACUGAUCUUGAACUCCUGACCUCAAGUGAUCCUCUCUCCUUUGCCUCCUAAAGUGCUGGGAUUCCAGGUGUGAGCCACCUCACCCGGCCACAUUUAUCCAUCUUGUAAAAUAUUGCUUUGCUUUUUUGGGGCAUUUCAAAAGCGCCUGAUUCUGUUGCUGUUCGGAGCGCCACUUGUAACCGACCACAAUCCCUGGUGGACUGAACAAAGCGGGGCAAACGCUAGAAUAAAAGACAAAGACAAAAGAGUAUAUUUGGAAGAAGGGGUCGGGGCACCUUGCCUCUAGUGGACAAGGGCCCUGAGCUUUAUGCAGCCCUCUGUAUUUAUUAGGCAAAAGAGAUAGAGAGAAGCAGGGGGCAGGGGGUUGGGGGAGAGGCAGGUGAUUGUUGAGUAAUUGUCAGUCGGGCCCUUUGGUUCACAGCAGGCUUGUGAGACUGCAUUCCUUUAACAAUAGGCUCUAGAUGUCCCCGUAGAUAGCCUCAAGGAGCCUGGCGCCAGGGAGUGAUGGCCCUCAGCAAACUUUCUGGGACAGCCCGCAGUUCCUGACUCCAGGGGCAAGACACUUCAAGUGAGGUGAGGAGGAGGUUCCAGGACCUGGAUACCAUCUUUUGCAGGGAUAUAAUUCACCAGAGACCAAGAUUUCUAGCCAGAAAUUGAGGGCAGCUCAAGGAGAGACUACAGACACAGCAUCCUACUUACUGGCUAUUUCCCAGUAACAGAAGAAAAUGAUCAAGUCCCAGGAAUCACUGACCCUGGAGGACGUGGCUGUGGAGUUCACCUGGGAGGAGUGGCAGUUCCUUGGCCCUGCUCAGAAGGACCUGUACCGAGACGUGAUGUUGGAGAACUAUAGCAACCUGGUGUCAGUGGGGUAUCAAGCCAGCAAGCCAGAUGCACUCUCCAAGUUGGAACAAGGAGAACCAUGGACAGUAGAAAAUGAAAUCCACAGCCAAAUCUGUCCAGAAAUCAAGAAAGUUGACAAUCGUCUACAGAUGCACUCACAAAACCAAAGAUGUCUGAAGAGAGUGGAACAAUGCCAUAAACAUAAUGCCUUUGGAAACAUCAUUCAUCAGAGGAAAAGUGAUUUUCCUUUAAGGCAAAAUCAUGAUACAUUUGACUUACAUGGGAAAAUACUGAAAUCAAAUUUAAGUUUAAUCAACCAGAACAAAAGGUAUGAAAUCAAGAAGUCUGUGGGGGUUAAUGGAGAUGGGAAAUCCUUCCUUCAUGCCAAGCAUGAACAAUUUCAUAAUGAAAUGAACUUCCCCGAAGGUGGAAAUUCUACGAAUACAAAUUCACAAUUCAUUAAGCAUCAGCAAACUCAAAAGAUAGAUAAGCCCCAUGUAUGCACUGAGUGCGGGAAGGCUUUCCUCAAGAAGUCUCGCCUCAUCUAUCAUCAGAGAGUUCACACUGGAGAGAAACCUCAUGGAUGCAGUAUAUGUGGGAAAGCCUUCUCCAGAAAGUAUAGGCUCAAUGAACACCAGAGAAAUCACACAGGAGAGAAACCCUAUGAAUGCACUGAAUGUGACAAAGCAUUCCGCUGGAAAUCACAGUUCAAUGUGCACCAGAAAAUUCAUACAGGAGAGAAAUCAUAUAUAUGCAGUGAUUGUGGAAAAGGCUUCAUCAAGAAGUCUUGGCUCAUUAAUCAUCAGAGAGUUCAUACAGGAGAGAAACCACAUGGAUGCAGCCUGUGUGGGAAAACCUUCUCCAAAAAGUCCAGGCUCACUCAACACCAGAGAACUCAUACAGGAGAGAAACCCUAUGAAUGCACUGAAUGUGACAAAGCAUUCCACUGGAAAUCACAGCUGAAUGUGCAUCAGAAAGCUCACACAGGAGAGAAGUCAUAUAUAUGCAGUGAUUGUGGAAAAGGCUUCACUCAGAAGGGAAAUCUCAUUGUACAUCAGCGAAUUCAUACUGGAGAAAAACCCUAUAUAUGCAAUGAAUGUGGAAAAGGCUUCAUCCAAAAGGGUAAUCUCCUUAUUCAUCGACGUACUCACACUGGAGAGAAACCCUAUGUAUGCAAUGAAUGUGGGAAAGGCUUCAGCCAGAAGACAUGCUUAAUAUCCCAUCAGAGAUUUCACACAGGAAAGACACCCUUUGUAUGUACUGAGUGUGGAAAAUCCUGUUCACACAAGUCGGGUCUCAUUAACCACCAGAGAAUUCACACAGGAGAAAAACCCUAUACAUGCAGCGACUGUGGGAAAGCUUUCAGAGAUAAAUCAUGUCUCAACAGACAUCGGAGGACUCAUACAGGGGAGAGACCCUAUGGAUGCUCUGAUUGUGGGAAAGCUUUCUCCCACUUGUCAUGCCUUGUUUAUCAUAAGGGAAUGCUGCAUGCAAGAGAGAAACGUGUAGGUUCAGUCAAAUUGGAAAAUCCUUUCUCAGAGAGUCAUAGCUUAUCACAUACAAGUGAUCUCAUACAGGAUAAAGACUCUGUUAACAUGGUGACUGUGCAGAUGCCUUCUGUGGCAGCUCAGACUUCGUUAACUAACAGUUCCAAGCAGAUAGCAAAGUAGCCAUUGUGAGCCAGCCUGUUGCCAGAAGUUCAGUCUCAGCAGAUAGUAGAAUUUGCACAGAAUAAAAAUCUUAUGAAUGCAAUGAA